AUGUUUCAUCGCUCCGUGUUUCUCACAAUUUCUUCCCUAGAGCCACAAGACGGAGACCUUUUUGAAGAUUUCAGUUUAUUCGACUCCAUACUUCCUAACAUUUUCCCGUCCACUCCCUUCUUCGAUAUCGAACCCCAGGACACAUUGACAGCAGGGAAAGCUGUUCAAUUACUCGAAUUGUACCCUAUCCGCUACUGGGAAUUGGUCAACUCACCUCAUGCGGGCACACUCAAUGCUCCAAACCCAUGGCGGUCCAAGGGCAUUGACAACACCUCGAAUUCGGCAAGGUGGGAUGCCACACUCGCUUUGAUAUCUCGACAGAAUGCUGUCAUGGACCAGGCAUACUUGGACCUUUUGGUACGAUGGGAGCAACAAGAUGAAUGGUCUUCUUCGAUCUUACUGGGUAUCCCCGGGGAUUACUGGUUCAACGAAAAUGGCUUCGGUGGCGGCGCCAGCGGUGACGAGAUGGAUCGCCUAGAUUAUGCGCUUGGGACGCCAAUGCGGUCCUAUUGA